CGUUCGCCGCGGUCUCUUGUUCUUUCAUCGCUGCUGCACGUUAUUACGAGAGAUAGCUGCUACUCGCUCGCAUGUUCGGCGGUACGUCCGCCGCUCGUACUCCCGCAGCGUCAAGCCUCAGUUUCAACUAUCUUUCGUUACCUUGUGCUUACCACGUAAUGUAAUAGUAAUUAACUGAAGAGCUGAUAUUGGCAGCGUCGAAGCCUAAUAGCGAUUCGACUGUUUAAGCGAGGCGUACUGGUAUGGCCGAUAAUCGUGCAUCUGAUCCCACCUCGACAGCGUCCAGCUCCGAUGGCCACGCAUCGCCGAUUACAGGCUGCGCUGGCUUUCAGCAAGUUUCAGUGAGCGCUCAGUACAGUACAAGGAUACCUGACGGGACCAGAGAUGCUCAAGUGGCGCGUGAAGCGAAAUACCCCAACUCCUCAAAAACGUGUCAAGCGUGUGGCAAGAUUUUCACCAAGCCCGCGCACCUACAAAGUCACCUCCUCACACACACGGGUGAAAAGCCGUAUCAGUGCUCGGCGUGCGGCAAGAAAUUCAGGCGGAAGCAACACCUCGAGGCUCACUGGCGAACGCACACAGGCGAGAAACCGUACAAGUGUCAUUUGUGUCCGCGUGAUUUCAAUCAGAAGUCGUCGCUGAACGAGCACGUGCUGACACACACCGGUAAGAAGCGGCACGAGUGUCCAGUCUGCGGCCGCAAAUUUAGCCGCAAAUAUGUUCUCAAUCGGCACAAGGGAACACGCUGGUGCCACAAGAAAAUUUGGGACGAGAAAGUGAAGAUGAGGAGCGGAAGGGCGUGCCUGGUUGUCGGUGAUGGUUACAAAAUUGUGCGGAAUGGCGACAUUUCCAACGAGCAGAACGUCAACAAGCGGGUGGCGAAAUUUGCGAAAGAACGUGGCAACGGGCGUCGGCCGGUGCAAUGCGCAUCGUCAUCAGCGUGUUUAUUGUGCCAGGUUCUGCUUCGAACGUCGGUCAACUUGCCGAACUGCACUCCAGAGGCCUUCACUCUGGUCAAAGACAUCAUCUCAAGUCACUCGGCAACAAUCGUCCGUCAACUGCAAACUAUGGGCCCUACGCGCAGCAAAAAAGCAACGCGUAAACGUCGUACUGGAACGUCAAAUUACGCCACUGCCAUCGAUGGCGACGUACGAGUUUCAAGUGGCACCAAGGAAACCCGCGCAAAGCGUGAUAGGAAGCUCAUCAACGUCAAGUUCCACGAGUGCGACAUAUGCCACAAGGUUUUGAGCGUCAAGUCCUCAAUUCGGGACCACCUGGCCACGCACACCGGCGACAAGCGUCACACGUGCGCCGCGUGCGGCCGGAAGUUCACCCAGAAGUCGCACCUGCUCGCGCACGCAAGCACGCAUUCCGGCGAAAAACCGUACGCGUGCCUCGACUGCGGACUCCAGUUCGCUCGGAAAGGAACCCUCAAGUGCCACGCGCGGAGGCACACGGGCGAGCGACCCUACGCCUGCCGCUUGUGCCCGGCCACCUUUUCCCGCACAACUGUGCUGAGCAAACACGUGCGCACCCACACCGGCGAAAAGCCGCACAGUUGCCUCGAGUGUGGAAGGAAAUUCGCCGAAAGCGGAAACCUCGCUCGGCAUUUGCGAGUGCACGCGGCCGACAGAGUCCGGGCAGGUGUCACCUCUUGACAAGGCUUAACAUUAGCACCGACCAGCUGCCACCUCUUGACAAGGCUUAACAUUAGCACCAAUCAGCUGCCACCUCUUGACAAGGCUUAACAUUAGCACCAAUCAGCCGCAUGGUCAUACGAGGACGCAGAGUUCCCUUUACCUUUCAAAAGCCCUUGUUCAAAAUUUAAACC